UACAUUUCUCUCUCUCACACACAUACACCCCCUCGCGCGCGCACACACACACACAGAGCUCGGUGUUCCGCACGCGUGCUGUUGCGGAGGGUGGAUGCGGAUUUCGGGGAUAUUAAUGAUUAAUUAUCGAUCUCUGGGCUGUAAUGCAGUAAACGAAGAUCAGAAGAUCUGAUUGGCUGAUCCCAACAGAUUUCCCAGCCUUGCUGAUCCUCACUGGUUACAGCCCUAACACAGCUCCAGCCAUGGCAGAACCGAACCUGUCGUCGCCGCCUGAUCCCUCACUCAGCUCCCCGAGCUCCACCCCCCACCCGCUCACCUUCCCCUUCCUGAGGCAGGGCAGCCGAGUGUGGGAGAAAAGCGGAGAGCUGCCCAGCCCCCUGCCCACCAAGCGCACCCGCACCUACUCAGCCACUGUGCGGGCUACCUCAGGUCCCGUGUUUAAGGGCAUGUGUAAAAACUUCUCGAGGUCACAGGGACACGGCUACAUCACACCGGCCAAUGGGGCAGAGGACAUCUUCGUCCACAUCUCAGAUAUCGAGGGGGAAUAUGUACCAGUAGAGGGCGACGAGGUGACGUACAAGGUUUGCCCCAUCCCACCCAAGAACCUGAAGUUCCAGGCCGUGGAGGUGAUCAUCACCCACCUGAACCCUGGAACUAAACAUGAGACCUGGUCAGGCCAGAUCAUCAGCUCCUAGACUCCAGACUCAGGGCCGGGGAGAGGGAGGGCUGGGCGUGGCCUAGAAGGGCUGGGCGUGGCCUGGUUGGUGUUUUUCAUAUAGGGAACACUGCAGGUGAGGAGGAGGCGAUGAAUGAUGAAUGUAUUGAGUUACUUUGGGUUUCUGUUUUCUGUUUGUGUUAAUGAGGUUAAUAAGGUUUUCACGAGGUAAACAAGGUUUGAGGUUCUGGAUUGAUGUCAGAGAAGGGGGGAAAUAAAGUUAAUUUAUGGUUCUGAGGUAAUGCUGAGUGAACGGAAAGAGAGAGAGAAAAAAAUAGAUUAUAUAUUUUAAUUUCAUAGAUAUAUUUUUAUUUAUAUUUAUUUGUGGAUUUUUUUUAGUUUAUAUUGUGUAAACGGGGAAAAAUGGGUGUGGAUGGGGUUCAGUGGUGGGAAUGAGGGGAGGGUUUAGUCUAGCUUUACUGGGAUUUAAGGUCCACAGACUAAUAUUGCACUUAAAUCUUACACUCCAAAAAAUGUAUACUGCCAAACUGACUACAACUCACAGAAUUCCAGUGGGUGUAAUUCAGGGUAAACCUAGCAGCAUUUUGUUUCCAAUUAAAAAUACAGAGCAAAUUACUUACUUGCACUGAACUCUAAAGCUACUUCAGGUUUUACAGCAUCCAUACUGUUUUUAUUGUGUUUACGAUAUUAUGGCUAUACAUACUAUACUCUUUAUACUUAAACUGGUAGGGCACUUACUGCAUGGUAAUUGGUAUCUGUACAAUCUAGAGGGUGUGUGGCAAAACUGAAAACAUAAAUUGAUGUGUUUAAGUUUAUAAACACGUGUUUAAGCAAGUUUAUAACACCACCUAUUAUGUUAUGGCAUAUCAGGACAAUGGAGCUUAUGGGAUUUGGGCGUAUGAUUUACUUAUUUGCUAAGCAGCAGUUAGAGCGUAAGGCCAUUCAUCCAUCUAUCUUCUUACCAUUUAUUCCUGGUUAGGAUGCUAGUGGGUCUCAAACCUAUCUGGAAUCGCCUAUGUAGCCUGGCGAGGGUUUAGGUAGAGUGCCACAGCUACAAAAACUAAUCCUAAGGUUACAGAAAACACUGCAAUAUGACUUUCAUACCCAUUUUUAAUUUUAGAUAUUUAAAUAUUUUGGUAUAUUUUCAGUUGUCAUUUUCAGUUGUUGCCAAAUCAUGCCAACUGAAGACACACACUUCCUUUGAUGACACCAUAUCCACUACAAACCUGUGAAAUUCCACCAUAAAAGCACAGUUUCAAAUACAUUUACCUUUCUUUACUUUCCUGGACACACUGAUGUCCCUGGCUUCACCUUUCUAGAGUGGUGUGACUGUCUAACUGCCUGCUUCUCUAAAAAAAGUCACUUCACCAACACCAACAGCCCUAAUCAGCUGCCUGAUGAGUUAGGAGAACUUUACUAAUCUGAGUCAAGUUAACUCACUCUGUAUUCUCUGUAAUAUGUAAAUGUAUGAUUUUGAGUUGAUCGGACUUUACGUGUGUAACAGGAUUGAUCAAGUAAUUAUCUAUGCAUCUUUUUUAUACUUCAGUUUAUUUUGUUGGGUGUUUGAUUAUGUUUAGGUACAAAUAAGUUUUUAUUUUUCUUGUGUUGUUUCUGAGCACUUUUUCUGGUCAGACCACUUUGGCUGGUGUAAACGUCAUUUUCUUGUGAACUUUGACAAUAAUAAUAAUAAAAACUCUUCACUAGC